AUGAAUAAAGAGCAACAAACUGCUGUAAAUAAAUUGGCAAAAUGGAGAAAAAGCUACAAAACUGUAAGUUUUGACACUAAAGUCGUUGCUAAAGCUUAUAAAUAACUCAAAAUUUAAUUUUAUGAACUCGAAGCAUUUGUCAAGUAGAUUUGUUGUGUAUAUUUAAAGGAUUUGUAGAGGAUUGGAAACGUUUUACAAUUUAAUGCAUUUUUUGAAUGAUGUUGUGUUUCAGCAAAAAGACAUGCACGAGAUAUUACCUGGUCUAUACCUCGGAACUUGUUCAGCUGCCACGAACAAGAAGAAUCUGCAAAAAGCUAGCAUAUCAGCCAUUUUGACAAUAAUGACAGCGCCUGUUAAAAAGGAGAAGAAUGUAAAAUACAAGCAAAUUCAUCUGGAAGACGAGCCUCAAAGUGACCUAUCACAAUAUUUUGGUGAUUGCAUCGACUUUAUUCAUUCAUAUCGGGUUGCUAGCAGUGAGUACUAUAUUGUAUUAAAAUUUUUUAAAUUCAUAUUGUUUUUUAUCACAAUUUUGGUCAAAAAGGAUUGAUUUUAAAUGUUUUUAACUUAUUAUUUUGAUGAAAUUUAGCUGACAAGCUUGAGAAAUAUGGCUUUCGGCAAUCUUAUGAGUUGUAAUAUGUUAUCUUUAUACUGUAAAAAGUAAUUUGUUUUAGAGAAUGUGUUGGUACACUGUUUGAUGGGAGUGAGCAGAUCAGCGACCAUUGUAACUGCUUAUAUUAUGACAAUAACGAAAAUGGACCCAACUGUUACUAUACGCUUCAUUCGUUCUAGAAGGGACGUUGUUAAUCCGAACAAUGGAUUUUGUGAACAAUUAGAGGUGUUUAAGGAUGUGAGUGUUUUUUUCAACUUCAAUAGUUUGCAAAAAAUGUUGAUUAUAUUAGGUCGUUCACUUAAUUCUGCACCCUUUGACACAGUACACUUUGAGAGAGGGCGUAGGAUUAAGUGAACGGCCUAAUAUUAUUAUUUGAGUUUGGAAGACCUGAGGGUUAAAACUAUAUUUUAGAAGCUUGAAGAACAACAUGACGACUUAGAAGGUUCUUACAGAAGAUUUAAAGACGAUCAUGUUCAACUGGUACAUGCUGAUAAGAAAAUUGUUAAUUAUUGGCUAGGAAGUGAAGCUAUUCAUCUAUGACUGUUAGUUUAUAUGUAUAUGUUAGGAGAUAUACCGAUAUAUUUAUUAGUUAUAAUUUUAUACUUUUUUUAUAAAUGUAAUAACGUUUACAACUUUUUUUUAAUAGGUUUUAAUAUAGGGUUAAAUAAAGUAAAUUUUUUUGUAACUUUAGAUUUGUACGGAGUGUGUUGCGACGUGUUUUACUUUAUUACAUUGAAGCAGUUGUGUAUUAUUUGAUAUUACGUGGUUGAUAUAUGUGAAUUUCCUGCUAAAGCGAGAUUGUGUUAUUUCAGUUUUACAUUAAUUUUUAGAGAAACGCUUUUACAAUUCUUAAGUGUGCGUUAGUUAUGUUCACAAGAUGUACAAUGUUUUUCUUUACGAAUAAAUGUAUAUGGUAGCUUGUUAAGGUUAAAAAUAGUAUCGCUAAUGAUGUUUUACGAAUACAAACCCAAAUUUGUACCUAAAACUGUGAAAAAAGUAAUUUUAGCUUAUUAAUAUUUCACAACAUCCAUUACGGCUCAUAUUACAAUAUUUUGUAUCACUUAUUACUUUACACAAGGCAGUGUCAUAUACUUUUACACUCUAAGUGUAAUAUACUAAUUGUGUUAAUGUAGACUAGCUGCAAUGUGUUUAAGUACUCUUGACAUGCGACGAAACUCGUUUUAAUUAAUCCGGAUUUCUUUACAGAGUUGUGAUACUAUAGUGUGCUACCAUUGGCAGGUAACGGAAGUGAAUGUAGACGGAUUAUACUGUGGUAGACGACACUCGGAUUACAGAGUAAGAAACCAUAGUAGUUUAUAUUGUGUUUGCAGACGUUUUUUGCUUUUGAAAUUUAAAAUUGAAUUUUUUUGUGUUGAUUACAGUACAACUUUAUAGGGAAUGACAGAAAUGAGGUGGGAUAUGUAUAUGAAGAUUCUGGUGGUGAAGGUAAAACAGUUCUAG